AUGAGCCGACCCGGCAGCAGCCCUAAUGAAAAAGGGGUCAAGCAAAAUGGAGACCCAGGAGGUCAUCUGUCUGUGUUUACUAAUGCUCACACCGCAGCAGAGAGUCCUGAAACAAGGCUGUGGUCCGCCUUCAAGAAAGACACUCACAAGAGGAGAGUUUACCUGGCAGGGAGAGAAUAUUACAGCGAGGAAGGAAAAACCUUUGAGCUGUGUCUUGUGAGAAAAAUAAAGCAACAGCUAAGCGCUGAUCCCACCCUUCGUCCGGAGUAUCCAUCUUCUCUUGGUCUGACAGAAUACAUCAGGCGAGCCACAGAGAUGACUUUGGGGAGGAGCUGUCAGGCUGUAGUGGAGGAUCGGGUGUUAGGUAUCCAGACUCCUGGUUUUACCGCUGCUGUGCGUCUUGGUGCUGAACUCCUAAGACACUGCAAUGAUGUCUGUGCUGCUUGGUGUGGGCCCGUCUACCUCUCCUCUCCUUGCGAUGACUCAUUGGCAGGUAUCUUCCAGGCAGCAGGGAUCCAAGAUAUCCGUGAGUAUUAUUACUGGGAUGACAUGCAGCGCUGCGUUUGUUUGGAGAAGCUUCUAGAGGAUUUGGAGAAGGCUCCGGAACAAAGCGUUGUUGUUCUGUCGGCGUCUGCCCACUAUCCAACUGGAGCAGACCUCUCUCAGAAUCAAUGGGCUGUAAUUACCAAACUCAUCAUGAGGCGUAGGCUUUUCCCUUUCCUCUUGCUGCCUACUCAGGCGCUCUGCUAUGGAGAUUUAGAGCGGGAUGCCUGGCCUGUGCGGUACUGUGCAUCACAGGGGAUGGAGUUUGUCUGUGCUCAGUCGUUCUCCCACUGCUUUGGACUAUAUGGUGAGGCUGUUGGACACCUCCUGUGCGUCCUGAAGCAGAGCUCCCUCCUGUUAUCUGUGCGGUCUCAAGCCGACAAAAUAGUCAAGUCGCUGUGGGCCCAGCCACCUGUAGGAGGAGCACAUGUUGUCACCACAGUGCUCAGUAACCCUGCCCAUCUUGUUGAAUGGCAGGAAGAAGUAAAACACAUUGUGGAGAGAUGUAUGCUGAUCAGAGAAGUUUUAGGAGACAGGCUGAGGCUUUUGGGAACUCCAGGUUCCUGGGACCACCUGACUAAACAAGGUGGACUCUACUGUCAUACAGGCUUGAAUGGUGAGCAGGUAGAAUUUCUGUCAAAGAGAAGACACGUGUACCUGCAACCGAGUGGCUGUCUAAAUGUGAGUGCAAUCAACGGUCUAAACUUGGACUACAUUGUCGAGUCCAUCCAUCUGGCUCUGACCACUUCACCAUGACCAUGUGGCUUUUGAUCAGGCUCUGAAAUCAGUGUCAAAGGGGCUUUUCAGCCUGACUGAAACUCUCAUUUAGAUUGAACCUUUCAUGUGUUUUGCAGGCCCAGCUACUGCAAAUUAUUAUUGAAUUGCCAGUGACUUUUGACAGAGGUGCAAUCAUUAGUAAUUGUAACAGUG